AGUUACGUGAACAUAUCUCAACAUGAAUCACUACUAUCACGCCAUGAUAAUGCUGCGCCGUCGACGCGCUCCAUUUGUAAGGGCGACAGAAGAAUAUAAGUAUGAUGGGUUUUAAGAAAGGAAACAGUUGUGUCAGAAGAGAACAGCCUCAACAAUUUCCACACAAGCGCAAUAAUCUUCCAGACAAAAGCUUCGAAUAUUACGCAUAGUUUCUUUUGGGGAAGAAAUUUGGUCAUCAUGGUCAAGGUCGCAAUCGUGGCAGCUACAAGCCAGUUGGCAAAGGAAGUUAUUGACAAGCUUGUUGAAACCAAGAAGCACGAGAUCAUUGGCCUAGUUCGAAAGGAUCCUACCAAACUCCCACCUAUCCCUGGAGUCAAAUAUGUGCAGACGAGCUAUGAUGAUAAAAAGGAACUCGUCAACAUCUUCCAGGGCGUAGAAACAGUCAUAUGCUUCUUCCCUGUCCAUUCCGACCAAGGUAACGAGAUACAGAAGCGACUAAUUGAUGCCUCUAUCGAGGCUGGUGUGAAGCGCUUCGCUCCAUCCGAGUGGGCAACUGGAGUCAAGUUGGAGGACUCGCUCGAUGUCAUUCCGUGGUAUGCGGGCAAGGUUGAGGUCGCCCACUAUCUAGAGGAAGUCAAUAAGGAGAAGAAGGUUAUUGAAUAUACCAGGUUCCAGGUCGGUACUUGGAUGGGCUACCUUAGUCACCCGCAAAGGAGCUCCAAGCAUGUCGCCACGAUCCCCUUCCUGUUCGACUUCGAGAACCAGCGAACCUCCGCAAUUGAGGGGGCGCUUGACGAUGCCAUCACGUGGGUAACUGUUGAAGAUAUUGCCGCCGUAACUGCUCGCGCCGUUGAGUAUGAAGGCGAAUGGCCAGCAAUUGGCGGCAUGAUCGGAUCUCGAGUCACUAUUGGAGAGAUGCUUAAACUCGGAGAGUCCAUUGGCAGGCCAUUCACGGUCAAAUGGUACAAGCUUGAAGACCUUGAAGCCAAGACCAAAACAGAAGCACCGCCUAUUGAUGCCAGUUUUGAUCUCCACACUGCUGCGCCGGAGGUUGUCGAGGCGUUCCUGGAAUAUGCAACUAGGGGAAUCUUACAAGCCAUCCAUCGCGGUGCUUAUAACGUUACGGAUGAGUGGAACAAGCUCCUGCCUGACUAUAAGUUUACCCAAGUGGAGGACUUCGUCAAGAAGUACUGGGGAGGAAAAUAAGUGUCUACGUCGCGCUGGAUUGAAUAGGAGGUUGCGUUUCAAUUCAAAAAAUUAUUUAACCAUCGUAUCAACCCAACAAAGGAUUUUCUCUGCGGAAAUUCGAUGUACAACGUGUUGAGCAUUUACGACAACUAGAAACAAUUAUCAAGCGUGGUAGUGUGUUAUUUGGUCAAUGAAAAGUUUAACUACGAUAUACGCUGGGUUGGAAUAUCCAAUCCUAUUACCCUAUCGAGACUUUCCCACGAAAUUUGGUACCUAAGGUAAAGCAUGUCACAUGGGUCUAGACUUAGGACAAGUUUCAAUGGCGUUCUUAGGAUGGUACAUAUGUGCAAUACCAAACCGUAGAAGUUUCUUGUAUGCUUGCCGCCACCACAUAUGCAUGAAUACCUAAUAGAAAGCCAAGUGUUACCUUCCACUUGGAAGUGCCUAUCAUACUAGGGGUAGAUAAGCUACGUG